AUGAAUGUGGAGCUAGACAAGCACGGGUUGCCUCUGAGAAAGUCCCGUAAAGGGUGCAAUACCUGUAAACUCAAGCGACGCAAGUGUGACGAGCACAAGCCGUUCUGUUUCAACUGUCUUAAGCGGCAGAUUCAGUGUGGAGGAUAUGCGACGCAGUUCAAAUGGCGAUCUUUCGACACGGAGGACGACAAAAAGGAUACAAAGCCUGAGGGUAAAGACAAGGACCGCGAAAAGGGUGAGAAGAGCUCCAGCAAGAAGUUUGUCAAGAAUGAUGAAGACCUGUCAGACAAGAGGCUGAAAAAGACAUUUGCUGGGACGCGAGGCACAACAAACAUGGGCACCCCUGUCUCAAGGAGCACUUCAGAGUCCGGCUACGCUUCUGGUACCCACAUGGAUGCCUCUGGUAACGAGUAUAACGUUCCUUCUGGUGCCAAGAGCAAUGGAAAGGGCUCCAAGCCAGAUGGUGAGUUUGUCUUCCCCGUCAAAGUUGAGCCAGCACUGUUGCAACAUCAUCUAGAACUAGCCUCCCUUUCUGUCGUUGGGAAAUCUACACGCGAUAUCAAGUUCGACAAUGAGCUCAUUGCUCGUGGAAUCAACCCUCACACAUUCGAAGGACGCCGCCCCUCCGACGUCGGUCAACGCAUGCAACGGACACGAAUGUUACAUCGAAGCGCAAGCCAGGGCGAUGCACAUGUGGAAAUGGCAGCAUUUCGCUGUGACGUGCGCCGGUCGUACACAUUGGAUUCGCUAGCAGAAGCGGCUGCGGACCAAAUGCGCCGCCCAGACUCCAGCCCAUUCGACAUGGGACGAUACAUCAAACGUGCUACGCCGCCCGGAUCUCCUGCAACCAUAUCGCCUCAAAGAAUCGCGUCGGACCCGUUGCAGAAGCAAGGGGAGAUUGAAGGCAUGGACAAUAGAAACCAAAACCAAAAUGAGCAUGCGUCUAAUGGACAAAGUGACCUUGCUCCAAAUGAACAUAGCCUCACACAAGAUCUUGCGCAAAUGCAAGAAUCUAGAUCAUUGGAAAGACAGAAUGAACAUGAAAGCAUGCAACAAAAUGGGCAACUGCUGACAAAUCGGAGCCAUCAAAUGCUGAAAAACGACCAAAUGAACAGACAAAUGGGAAAUGUGCACCUUAUAGAAAACACACAGAUGGACAUUGAGGACCGUGUGACCAAGUUUAAUGGACCGAAGUUCGAGGACAUUUCUGGCACUAGUCCGAGGUUAGAAAACGGCGUGAAGUUCUCCAACGGUGGUGCCAAAUUUCAGACCAUGGGGCCAAAGUUUAUGCCCAACAUCGGGCCACUGCAUCAGCAUAUGGGCUCUCCGCUAGAGUUGUCGCCGUUACCUGUGCAACUUACGCCAUCCUUAAGCGCACUUCUCAGCUCGGUGUUCCCUGAUGAGCGCAAUGCACCAAGCCCUCUUGAUUUGGUACUUGACGAACCGCUGCGUUUGCUUCUGGAUGUUGCUCUUCGACUCGGAUCGCGUCUCGCCCACGCCGCAGAACAGGAACAGAUUUUGGCGCUCUAUCUGGCACAUACUUGCGGAAUCAUGUCGAUCAAAAACGGAGCCCAUGAAAACCCGUGGCGCACUGUUUUUGUUGGUCUUGCUGCUCAGCAUCUGUAUUUAUUCAACCUGAUUGCAUCUAUGACGCUUUUCCACCUCGCGGGGAACAUUAAUGUUCGUGAACAUGCUGAAGCAUUGCGUGCCAAAGGCUAUGUCUACAUGAAAAAGUGCAUUCUCGAGUUGGCUGCACGGCUCUCUAAAAUGGACACUGACUCCGAAAAUGCCCUUCCUGCUGACAUUGCGUUAGCAACAUGCCUCAACUUGGCUGUGAGCGAGUCCUGGGAUACCCACACCCUGAGCGGAAUUGCUCAUUUGAAAGGAGCGAAAAGUAUGAUUCACAAGGUUUUGGCGUGGGUUCGUGCACCCGAAACGAACCGUGCUGCGUGGCUUGCGGAGGCACGGCGUCACUUGGUACUCGUGUCGCCCGAAGAGUGGGCCCGUAUCGGCACGGGCGAGGCUCGUAUUGGAGCAGGCGACACACGAAGAUUCGAACAUGUUUCAUCCACUUCGCCUGGGUCUAACUCCAACCAGAUUUCGCCCGUGUCUGCGAUGCCUGUAUCUACUGGAUCGAGUCUGAUUCCUAGCAUGGUUGACGCUUUUGUCCCUCGCAAUCUCCAGUUGCUUUUCAACACAUGGGUUUACUUUGAUGUUCUCUCGCAAAUGACCUCACACCUGCCUCACGAUGACAAGGGCAUUGAUCUUGUGGCGGCAAUUACAAAAUCUGGACACGCAGAAGAAGAGUCGCCGCGCUCGGAAGAUGCGCCGUUUGCCUUCUUCGAACUUGACCUGAUGCUCCACAGCCCAGAUCACGUCGAUCCUCUUUUGGGAUGUGCGCAGUCGCUUUUCUUGAUCAUGGCCCGUGUUGCCGCCUUGAUAGGUCGCGCCCGCCAAACUCGCCCAGGACAGCGCAAUUCUUUGGCCAAUAUCACUGCCGCAGCCGAGUUGCGCAAACAGUUGGUGGAUUGGAAGCCAAUGGUGUCGCUUCAGGCAGCCGAGCGCCAUUCUUCAGGCGAUAAUUCUACGUGGGACUUGUAUCUGUGUGUGGCUACAGCCGAGGCAUAUCGUCAUGCCACGUUGCUUCACUUGUAUCAGGCAGUGCCAGAAAUUCCUCUGGUGGCUCCUCAUCUGUUGGCGGAGAAAAUCUUUGUUCUUCUUGCUGCAGUGCCGUCGCUGUCCAACGUGCACAUUGUGCACAUUUUCCCACUCUUGGUCGGGUCCUGUGAGGCAGAGCCGGGCGAAGAGCGCGAGUGGUGCGAGGCGCGCUGGGCGCUGCUCCGCGAGCGGCUCUGGAUAGGCAAUGUGGACCGCGCGCUCGAGGUGGUGCGCGAAGUUUGGCGCCGCAAGGACGAGGCGCGCGCCCGCGACGACGAAUCAUUUGACGACGAGGGCGCUUCGCACCGCUGCCAUUGGGGCACUGUGAUGCGCGAGUGGGGCUGGGAAGUGUUGCUUGCUUGA